AUGAGCAUAUGUCGUAUUUGUAAUUUGUACUACACGUCAUUUUCGCAUCGAUGUGUGUAUUUAUGUAUACAUGGCGAUGCGCACUCGGAUUAUACGUCCAACACAAACCAACGUGGACGGCGACAACCCGGGCAGCGACGGCGUGUUUUUUGGGAGCUGGAGGAUGUGGUUUCCCAGGGGACGCUCGCGGCGUUCGACGCGCGCGCGUGCGCGUACAGGAUCGAAUACGACGACGACGACGACGACGAAACGUCCUUCGAGCCUUCGCGCGAGGCGGGGUCGCUCGUCAAGUGUCGUCAAUCUCACCGUGCGAGACUGAAACGACGGCCAAAACGGGCGGAAGUGCGCUCAUUUGUAGUACGAGAGCGUGCUGAAUGUACGCGUGCGUGCAUCGGUACAUGUCUCUCUGUACCGCGAUAA